UUGAUUGCCAGCUUACCCUGCCAAUUGCCAUAAGCAAAGUCUGUGGUUGCCGAAACGCAGCGUUUCGAAUUUCGCUAUCACUGCCGAGAGAGAGACACAAGGGAGUAAAGACGAGUAAAGUUGAAGCUUUUGAGUUCCGAUGGCGGAGAAGCCCCAACCAGUACGAGUGCUUUACUGUGGCGUAUGCAGUUUACCUGCCGAGUACUGUGAAUUCGGACCCGAUUUCGAAAAGUGCAAGCCCUGGUUGAUCCAAAACGCCCCGGACCUCUAUCCCGAUCUUAUCAAAGAAUCUAAUUCGAAUGAAACUGAUAAAAUUACCGAGAAGUUACAAUCUACUGGUAUUUCUUCGGGAGGUGGUGAUGGGGCUGCUUCUUCAGCAUCUAAGCCAGAGGAGGUCAAACGUCUUCCUGGUGGGAAGAUAAAGAAAAAGGAGAAGCCAGAAGUUGUCAUUGAAAAAGUUACACGUAAUAAACGAAAAUGUAUCACCACUGUGAAAGGGCUGGAACUUUUUGGUGUCAAACUUAGUGAAGCCUCAAAGAAACUUGGGAAAAAGUUUGCUACUGGAGCCUCAGUUGUCAAGGGGCCAACUGAGAAGGAACAGAUUGAUGUUCAAGGGGACAUAGCCUAUGAUAUUGUGGAGUUCAUUACGGAUACCUGGCCAGAUGUUCCAGAAACUGCAAUUUUCUUUAUAGAGGACGGAAGAAAAGUGCCAGCCGCUUAAAGUUGUAUUCAUGGCAGAUACAGAGAUUGAAAUUUAAUUAUCUUCCUCACUGUGGUCCCGACCUUAACCAGACUCAUUGUACUCUGGAAAGUAUAGAGCCGGUGGAGUUUGGUAAACACAAAAAAGCCAGGGAGACGUUUUGUCCAUUUUUAAAACAUUUAUCGUUUGUUGCAUAGGAUGAUAUAAUAUGGUUUUUCCUUUACUUUUUUGGGGCUAUUGAAUGGCGUUUAAUAUAUGAGGAUCUUCUUUAAUCUCUUGUAUAAGAGCAAUCUCUACUUCUCUCACCCUCAUCUUUUUGAGCGAGUGGUGUUCUCA